GCCGGCGGCGGGCGGCGGGCGGAGGAGGCCGCGGCGCGCAGGCUCCAGAGGACGCAGAGCGGCCGCUGCCCCAGGCCCGCAGCCGCCCGAGCUGGAGCCGGGGAUGGGGACGGGCAUGGCCUGGGCCCGGGCCGCGGGGAGCGGCCUCGUCCUCCUGCUCCUCGCGGGGCCGGGCCUGCCGGCGGAGCGGCCAGGUUUCCAGCAGACCUCUCAUUUGUCUUCCUAUGAAAUUAUACAUCCACAGAGGUUAACAAGAGAGCAGCGAGCGGCCUCCAAUUCCUCCUCAGUACAGGACAAGGUGUCAUAUGUCAUUCACGUAGAGGGAAGGAAACAUAUAAUUCACCUAGAAAAAAACAAAGAAUUUUUACCCAAAGAUUUCACAGUGUAUACCUACAGCGAGGAAGGGAAGUUGCAGUCUGAAAAUCCGGACAUGCAGGAUCACUGCCAUUAUCAGGGAUAUGUGGAGGGGAUACCAGAUUCCAUCGUAACUGUCAGCACUUGCUUUGGACUCAGGGGACUGCUGCAAGUGGAAAAUGUCACGUAUGGAAUUGAGCCGAUGGAGUCCUCCUCUGGCCUCAAACACAUUAUAUAUCGAAUGGAGAAUGUGAAGAAGGAGCCCAUGAUGUGUGGAGUUAACAACACAGACCCUGAAAGAGAACACACAGAGGAUGAGCACCCUCCCAGCAUGACUCAGUUGCUGCGAAGGAAAAGAGCUAUACUGCCCCAGACAAGAUAUGUGGAGCUGUUCAUAGUUGUGGACAAAGAAAGGUAUGAACUCUUGGGUAGGAGUGAAACUGCUGUGAGAGAAGAGAUGGUGCAUCUAGCAAAUUACCUGGAUAGUAUGUACAUUAUGCUGAAUAUUCGCAUCGUGCUGGUUGGCUUGGAGAUUUGGAAGUAUGAAAACUUGAUUAGCACAGACGGAAGUGCAGGCGAUGUGCUGGGGAACUUUGUACAGUGGCGAGAGAAGAAUCUUGUCACGCGUCGACGACAUGACAGUGCCCAGUUUGUUCUGAAGAAGGGGUUUGGUGGAACUGCAGGAAUGGCCUAUGUUGGAACAGUCUGCUCCAAAAGCCAUGCAGGAGGGAUUAAUGUGUUUGGGCAAAUCAGUGUGCAGAUGUUUGCGUCAAUUGUUGCUCACGAGCUGGGUCAUAACCUGGGAAUGAACCAUGAUGAUGAAAGAGUUUGUCAAUGUGGAGCAGAAAACUGUAUUAUGAACUCGGGAGCAUCAGGGUCCAGAAAUUUCAGCAGCUGCAGUGCAGAAGACUUUGAGAAGUUAACUCUGAACAAAGGUGGAAGCUGCCUGCUUAAUGUUCCCAACCCUGAUGAAACCUAUAGCAUCCCAUUUUGUGGCAACAAGUUGGUGGAUGCUGGGGAGGAGUGUGACUGCGGUUCACCAAAGGAAUGUGAAAGUGAUCCUUGCUGUGAAUCAGAUACUUGCAAACUCCGAGCAGGGGCUGAAUGUGCGUAUGGCGACUGCUGUAAAAAAUGUCAGUUUCUUCCAGGAGGCACUGUGUGCCGGGCAAGUACCAAUGAAUGUGAUCUCCCAGAGUACUGCAAUGGGACCUCCCAGUUCUGUCAGCAAGACGUCACUGUUCAGAAUGGGUACCCGUGCCAGAAUGAUGAAGCCUAUUGUUACAAUGGGGUUUGCCAGUACUACGAUGCGCAGUGUCAGGCUAUCUUCGGCUCAAGAGCAAAGGCUGCCCCUAACAUUUGUUUUGCUGAAGUGAAUUCCAAAGGUGACAGGUUUGGCAACUGUGGUUACCAUGGCAAUGACUACAAAAAGUGUUCCAGCUGGAAUGCCAUGUGUGGGAAGCUGCAGUGUGAGAAUGUGAAAACCAUGCCUGUUUUUGGGAUUGAACCUGCGAUUAUUCAAACCCCCAUCAGAGGCACUACGUGUUGGGGUGUGGAUUUCCAGCUAGGAUCAGAUGUUCCAGAUCCUGGAAUGGUGAAUGAAGGCACAAAAUGUGAUACUGGAAAAGUCUGUAGGCACUUCCAGUGUGUAAGUGUCUCUGUUCUGAACUAUGACUGCGAUGUGGAGAAAAAAUGCCACGGACAUGGGGUGUGCAAUAGCAACAAGAACUGUCACUGUGACUCAGGUUGGGCCCCUCCCUACUGUGACACGAAAGGAUAUGGAGGAAGCAUAGACAGUGGACCUCCUUAUAAUGACAAAGACACCUCCUUGAGAGAUGGGUUGCUGGUAUUCUUUUUCCUGGUUCUUCCACUCCUUUUAGCUGCUGCUGUGGCACUUGCAAAGAGAAAGGCGCUGAAGCAGUGGUUCAGGAGAACGAUGUCACAUUGUCAUCGAUCACAUACAAGCAUGCCAACUCCUCCUCCUCGCACAGAGACGGACCGAAGAAACUUCCAGCAGAACAUGCCUUAUACUUCGAGGAGUGUACCCAUGGACACGCCAACAAACAGAUUCACUGUGCCAUCUUAUGCAGUUAAUCAUCAUCAACCAGCUUAUCACCAGCCUUACAAUUAUCCUCAGCCACACCAGGAGCAGCAGCAGUAUAAGAUACCUGCAAGGCCGCCUCCACCACAACAGAAAAACGUACCUCAGGGACACUAUUUUCCUUCUCGACCUGCACCUUUACCUCCCAUAUAGUUUCUCUUUUACCCUCUCACAAGAUGACCUGUUCACUAAAACCAAGCUGAAAUUCUUUAUCCUUCUUGCAUCAAAUGGCCCAUGCUAUCCCAGAGAGCCGUCAUUCUGCAGUACUGGAUAUGGAAAAUGAGAUGGAAACACAAGGAAUGUAAGAUAUUAAACAAAGAUACCUCUACGAAAGCCACAGGAACAGAAUACAUCAAGUCUGUUCUUAGCUCCGUGUGUGAGUAUUGUGGCUUUGCAAACUGAAGUUGGACUAUCCAGUUGGAAGUGGAUCAGUCUGCAGUAAAAUAAUGUUUAAAGUACAGCACUUGGGAGUUCCUUUUUGUUUCCCCCAUCUUAUGAUGAGACACAAUCAUUAAAUAUUCCAUGUGGCGUAUUGUCUUUCUAUAUGCAUAAUGAAAAGUAAAAAACCUAUUACCCGGGUAGGUGUCAAAAAAUGGAACCAUGAAAAUCAGGCCACUUGAUUUAACAAAAUAUUGUUUACAUGUUCUUGUUUUGCCUGGACUAGAAACCAUUAUUCCUGUAUAUGCAACUAAGAGCACAAGUGAAAUAAGAUGUCAGUAUAUUUUGAAAGGAAGAUGAACUACCCUAUAAACAUGUUUGUGUAUAUGUUUUUACUGGUGUGUUUAAUAUAAACACACUUUUUAAACAACAAAGAAAACUUUAACUUCAUGCUGACUGACACUAGGCUAUAGACAAUAAAGGAUACUAGGGCAGUUAAUUUAAAUGUUUUUUAAAUACACAGUUUUAAGUAGCUAGACGAGAAACCUCUACUAAUUUACCACUAAUACUUUAAAUGGGAUAUUAAAAUAAAGGUACGAAAAAUGGUAGCCUUUUCUUGUUUUAGGAAGGGAGUGCUCUUGAGUUUUGAUUACGUUAUAGACAGUC